AUGGUGUCCCCAGACGACCCCUCCCUCACGCCCCUGCUCCUCACCCUCCCCUCCCUCACCCCCUCUCUCGCCCUCGAGGUGCUCCCCCUCGGCCUCACCCUCCACCGCCUCUUUGUCCAAGCAGAUGCCAAGGCAUACACUGACAAGGUCACCCCCAUAAACCUCACCCAACACUGGGGCUUCAACCUCGACGCUUCGCUCCAGGAUGGCCAGUCCGUCAAAGACCACACCCUCACCAUCCGCUCCUCGAACACCCUCGAGCUCGCCCCCGACGCCAACUCGGCCGGUAGCCUCGCCCCCGUCGCAGGCACCCACCACGCCCACGCCGAAAAGACGACCCGCACUAUCGGCGAGCGCUUCCCCGCGCAGGGCUACGACGAGUUCUACCUGCUCGACAAGCGCGAUGCGCCUGCUGUCCCCGUCCGAGUGCCUGCCGCGUCGCUGGCGGGUGCUGGCGACCUGGUGCGCGCCGCGCUCGAGGACAACGGAGAGCCGGACGUCGAGCUCGCGAGCGCAAAGAGCGGGUUGAAGCUGCGCUUCUUCUCGAAUCAGUCGGGCGUGCAGUUCUACUCGAACAACUUCGCGAGCCCGGACAAGACGGCGCGCAAGAAGAUUCACGGCGGCUCGGGCGCCGUGGGCGACGGAUACGAGCCGGGAUCGGCUGCGUUCCUCGAGUUUCACGAGCCGCUCGCGGCGUGGCUCCACCCCGCCACCGUCGGGCGCACGGGGAACGACACGCUGCUCGCGCCAGAUGAAGUGUACAACAACUACCACGCUGACAUAUGUCAAGAGGGCGAAGGCCAUCAUGGCAAGAUGGCCGAGCGGUCCAAGGCGUGUGACUCAAGCGAAAGCUUGCCUGCUUCUGCGGGUCUUCUCAUCUGGGUAUCCAGGCGUGGGUUCAAAUCCCACUCUUGUCACUUUUUCAAAGUAUACGUGUUGACACUGGACGACAUUUUGAUGGCGGAUGUCAAUGAUCUGCCACUUGAAGACAAUGGAUGGGGCAGGUGCUUGGACACAUUCGAUGCCAUGUCCUUAAACCCGCCAGACGUAACGGUCCCCGCCGUACUACCUGCUACAACUUAUACCCCGCCCCGCCGUGCUUGCAUGUCCGACAUGCCCUUCGACAUCCUCCAGCUCCACCAGCUCUCCCGCCGCAGCCUCUUCCUCCUGCAAGACAGCGAUUGGGACGAGUGGGACGACUACGCUGCGUUCGAUCCCCUGCGCGCGUUCCCCGCCGCACCCGCCGCCGUCUCCCCCGCGUGGCGCGCAGCCAUGGCCUCCGUCUCCGCAUUCUGGACACGUGUCGUCGUGCUCGUUGACGACCCACCCACCCCCUCACGCGCACUCGCAGACGCCCUCGAGUGGUCCGCCAACCGGCCGCUCGACGUGCGCGUGUGCCGCCGUGUCGACGCGUACGACGACGCCUCAGACCCCCGCGAGCGCGCGCGUGUAUGUGCUGCGCUCGCGCUGCUGACGCCUCACAUGCACCGCUGGCGCAGCUUCAGCGUCGAUGUGCUGCAUGCAGCAUCGCUGCCCCGUCCAUACGCUGACCUCGUUGGCCGCGCGCCGCUGCUCAUCAGCUUGCUCCUCGACUCUGUUGACGGCCGCGCGCCGGAUCCGGAGCCGGACGCGCCCAGCCACACGGACAGGAUGCUAUACACACCCGCGCUGCGAUUCCUGUGGCUCGACGGGAAUACACUGCGCGACGCAUACGUCCGUCCGGAGCGUGCGGGGGCGCUCGUGCGGGUCAUGCGCCUGACGGUGUCACAGUACCGGCGGGACGGUGUGCCGUUCAGUGUGCGUGCGCUCGUGUACUUCCUGUACGCACUGCCGGCGCUGCAGAGCGUCAAGCUACACGACCUCGCGCUGGAUGUGUGCGGGAGCGGUGCGCCGCUCCUCGACUACCAGCUCAACCGGCUGUCGUGUGACCGGCUCGCAGCGCCCGUGCUCGCUGAAUUCUGGCGGCUGAUCGACGGUUACAGCCCGAAUCACCUAAGCCUAAAGCGCUGCACGUUUGAGCCUGCAAGCAUGGACCUCGGCAGCACAAUGUGCCUGUCACUGAGUGAUAUCGACGGGGACCAGGACCUGGCGGGGCUGCUUGACCGCUGGGAGGGCGUGAUCUACCCGGAGCUGCGGCAUAAUGCGUUCGGGCGAUGGUUGUGCGCGGGGCUGAAGAGCCUGGAAGUGUACGAGUGCGAAGGCUACUCGGACGCGUCGCUGCAGCGGAUGAUCGACGCGCGGACGAUGGUGCAUGCACGUUCUGGGUUCGCGGCGGUCGGAGACGAGGCAUUUAAGGUGGCAGCCAUUGAGGACUUUGAUUCCGAUCGCCUGCGCGCGUCGGACGAUGGCGAUGACUGGUAG